AUGGCCGAGAACACGGGCCCCACAGGCCUCGAGGUCUUGGUGAAUGAGAAGGCGUUCAACGAUCUGCUCGCGCAGCAGCGAGGGGCGCUUGCGAUAUUGAAACAAGGGUUCAACGUCAUAUUGUUCAUUGGCUUUCUCAUCCUCUACACCGUUCUGGCUCUCGGCGAGCCGCUCGACGAUUUCCGGGCGUAUGAAGGAUACAUCCGCAGGCGUUUCGACACGGAUGCUGCCAUGCCAAUUGCUGACGUUGAUUCAAGCUACAACUUCUGGGAGUAUAUGAGGACAUCAUUUAUACCCGGCAUCUACGGUAACGAUACGUCCAUCUAUUUCAUGCCUGAUUACUCCGUGCAGAAGUUGAUGACAAUUGGGGGGGACGAGGCGCAUUCGAACCGUCUGUACGGAACGGUUCGCAUGCGCAUGGUGAAGACACUGAGCGACCAGGACUGCAAGGUCGCCGACGGCUUCGCUUCGGCGUUCCCGCAAUGCUACGGCGGGUACUCUGAGGCGUCCGAGGACAAAUCAAGUUAUGGCCCGAUCAACUCCAUCGGCGAUGCCGAAUUCGAUUACACAAAAAUGGAGGCGGGUUCAACAAUAUGCGGGAGCCUGUCUUGUUAUGGACCUGGGGGCUUCAUUGAGGCUUUGACGUCCACCUAUAACGCGUCCUACACGAGGCUCCUGUACAUUGAAAACUCUGGCUGGAUCUCCCAAGGCACUCGAGCAGUGUUCGUGGAUUUCACAAUUUACAACUUCAACUCUGGGUACUACGCAGUGUGCAGCAUCCUGUUCGAGGUUGCGCCAAGCGGGCACUGGGUGCACACCUUCGAUGUUCAGAUUCUGAUGGAGCGGCACCUCGCACCGCUUGGCACCGGAGAGAUGAGCGACUGGAUGACGUUGGUUGGCGAGAUUGUGCUUCUGGGCUUCGUCGUCCGUCAGAUCAUGGAGGAGGCAGCGGAGUUCAUCGGGUGUCGGAACCGGGGGGCCGGCAAGAUCAAGAUACCGCGAAUCAAGAUGGAGUAUUUCAGGGACGCUUGGAACAUUUUGGACUGGCUGAACCUCUUGCUCAUCAUCGUGACCUUCGUCAUCAGGCUGAACACUUGGAGCUUGACGCCACCGGUUGACGUCCUGUUUAAUGAUGCAGCAGGCCAGGGCGUGAGCACUUUUGUUGACUUCAGCCCGCUUGCGAAGAAUGUACGGACUAUCAGGGAGUUGAUCGCUUUCAACGCCGUUCUCACAUGGUUCAAGGCAGUAAAGUACAUCGACGUGUUCCCUUACAUCGCAUUCUUGAUGCAAACAGUGCAGGGCUCGCAGAGGCACCUCCUCACCUGGUUCUGCAUCUUCUCCACCUCGCUUAUGGGGUUUGUUCUUGCCUUCACAUUCGCCUUCGGCGCCGAAGACCCCGUGUUCAGCACGCCCUGGAAGACCUUCGUUGUCUUGGUUCGAACUCUUCUGGGAGACUCCGACAUGGCUACCGUGCAUGAACGUGCCCCGUUUACAGGGGCAUUGCUUCUCAUAGCGUUCGUCGCCAUAAUCUUCUUCACCGUGAUGCAGUUGUUCGUCUCCCUCAUGCUUGGGGCCCUGCAGGAUGCCAAGCUCACAGAAGAGCUGAAACAGGCCAGGCAGUGGCACGAGCUCGUGGAACGCACGACCGAGCUCAUGGUCACCGUGUCUGUGACCUUCAGGCUGGAGGAGCGAUUUAAGGAGUUCGUCCCUGGGCUGUACUACCGCUACAGGCGGUGGAAGAGGGGGCGAUACGAGCACGAGCUGAGGCGCGAGGAGUCCUACGAGGAGCGCCAGGCGAAGGACCUCGGAGGCCGCCAGCCGCUUCCGCUGGGGGCCGCCAGCCCGAGCUGGGGAAGAAUCAAGGUGAAGCAGGGCGUGAUGGUGCAGAACGACGGCGAGGACUCGGGCUCCGAGCCGGACCUCGGCCCACUGCACCACGCCUCGCAGCUCAGGGCGGUGGAGGACAACAGCGGUCGCAGGGGCAGCCAGUCGAGCCUGGGCAGCCUGGACAGUGGACCGAAGGGGCCACACGCUACGGAAGAUCAGGUGAUCGAUUUGGUGAUGGAGUCGGCUGGGUACAUUGCCGACGGCGUCGUCGAGAGGACAGGGGCGGCGAAGUCCUUGCUCUUCUCGGAGAUGACCGAGGCGAGGGACAUCCUGCGCAACAUCACGACCGUGGUAGAGGUGCUUAACAGGAGAGCGCGCGACCUCGAAUUGCAGCAGCAGCAGUUUACCAGGCACUUCUGA